AUGAAUGUUAAAGGAUUAAUAGUGAAGGAAAGUAAAAGUGACUCAACAUCCAUUGGAACAUUUUCAGAAGAUUCAAUGAAUUCUUUGUGUUCUUGUUCAUCUGAGUUGAUAGAGGAUGCUGAUUCAUAUUCAACUUCAUCAUCGUAUUCAAACGGAUCUUCAUAUGACUUAUCAGAGCUCAUGAACAAUCUUCCUAUAAAGAGAGGGUUGUCAAUGUUCUAUCAAGGGAAGACACAAUCAUUCACUUCUUUAGGUGAUGUACAAAAGAUAGAAGAUCUUCCAAAGAAAAGCAUGUGUUACAAUAAGAGAAUGAAGUCAUGCAGAAGUUAUGGUGGAGAUUUGGAUAGUCAUAGAAUAUGGUAUAGUCCAAAGGCUACAAUAUCAAAAAAGACUUCAAGAGUGCCUUUUUCAUCUGUAUUAAGUAAAAAAGGGACUUUCUUAGAAAGGUCUAGGCCUUCCAUUGUUGUACAUAAGGACUUCUGA